ACACACGAAUCCAGAGCGUAUGCGAACGCUUCUGAGAACGUAAACAAAAAUCAGCUGUUACUUCGCCGGAACUAGAGGAACGACAGAAUGGAUGUGAAGAGUUUAUUAUACUGGAGAUAACCAAAGUGACAUGCUAAGUUAUCUAAUUGAACUCCUAUCUGGAAUAUGGCAGUCCAUUAUGGCCUUAUUUGGAUUUGGCUCAUCGCAGGCUGCAGUUUCAAAUGAGCUGGAAGUUUACGUCAGAACAAACACAGGGGAGAAGGUGAGUGUAAGGCUCGACCAGUCAUGGACAGUAUCACAGAUCAAGACUACACUGGCCCCCAAACUUCAGAGUCCAGCUGACAGCCUGAGAAUCAUAUUUGCUGGUAAGGAAUUGCCAGAUGACAUGGUAAUGCGUCAGUGUGACUUGGGCAAUCACAGCAUCCUUCAUGCUGUCAGGGUUGUUUCAAAGGAAGUAGAAAGAAAAGGAGCUGUUGAUCCAUCAGAAGUUGGGAAUACUACCUCCCCAUUGAACCGUAAGGAGAACAGUGGUGAAGGAACAAAUAUUACUCAGAGUGAGAAAGAGAAUGGAAAGCUACUGGGAGUGGAAGUGCCAUCAACAUCUUCUGGACACACAAAUGCAGAAGUUGACAUCAGGAGUAAAGCAGUAUCACCACCCCUUCCAGAAGAUCCGUGUCCCAUGCCAGGGCUCUCUACAUCUAACAGGUCUUGUGGAAGGCUGCUCUGUGAUGCUUCAACUGUUAUUACUAUACAAAUGACUGAGGCAGAGCAGAAGAGCAUUCGAGAAAUUAAAAGUUAUGAUGGGAUGGGAGAGCGCCCUCACUUCUACGUCUAUUGUGUGGUGCCAUGCAAUUCGGUACAAGUGGGAAAGUUACGUGUGCGGUGUGCAUCCUGCAAGCAAGGAGCUCUGACACUUCAUCGCGAUCCAUGCAAUUGGGAAGAUGUACUCCAGCCUGGGAAGAUAAAUGCGACAUGUGAGACACCAGAUUGCAGUGGAACCCAGGCAGAAUUCUUCUUCAAAUGCCGAGGUCAUGAAACAAGUGGUGAGGAUGAUACUUCAGUGGCCCUGUACUUGGUCCGAGCGAAUCUUCCUGCUGUUCCCUGCUUGGCUUGUACAGAUGUGUCAUCGCCUGUUGUGGUGUUUGAAUGUGCAGAUGCUCACGUUAUGUGCCUCGACUGCUUUGUCACUUACUGUGUGUCAAGAUUAAAUGAAAGGCAGUUCAUACAAGAUGAGAAACUAGGUUAUACUCUGUCAUGUCCAAUAGGCUGCCAAGACUCUCUCAUCCAUGAAGUACACCAUUUCAAGUUAAUGGGUGAUAACAAUUAUGAAAGGUACCAGCGCUGGGGAACAGAGGAGGCUGUCUUAGCUGCUGGAGGUGUCUUAUGCCCAUACCCUGGCUGUGGUCAGGGCAUCAUCCCAGACCAAGAUUGCCGUAGAGUAGCCUGCCUUAAUGGCUGUGGAUAUGUAUUCUGUCGUCUUUGUCUCCAAGGUUAUCACAUAGGAGACUGUAAUCCUGAAGAUGGAAAUGGACCGAAUGUUGUAGGUAGUUCUGGCAGUUUUGCUGUUGACCCUUCACGUGCUGCUGGCUCUCGGUGGGAUGAGGCAACAUCGCUUGCCAUACGUGUCACAACGAAGCCUUGCCCCAAGUGUCGUACCCCAACCGAGCGGGAUGGUGGCUGCAUGCACAUGGUCUGCACGCGAGGGUCUUGUGGUUUCCAUUGGUGUUGGGUUUGCCAGACAGAAUGGACCCGAGAGUGCAUGGCAGCUCAUUGGUUUGGAUAAACAGCUUUUAAAUUCUUUAUAGUCAGUGAAAUAAACAACUAGGAAAAUUUUAUCAUCUGUAUAGAUAUAAUUUUGCAAAAAUUGACUGCAUUUUUUGUGAAAUAUGUUGGGUAAUAUAUCAUUUUCAUUGUCUUCAAAGUUGCAACAUAGAACUUUUUCAGUAUAUGGUAGGGUUCAAGCUAGAAGUGAAGGUCAGUAUCUGUAAUGAGGGCAAUCUUUAGUGUAAGCAAAGUUAAGUGAUCUGAUACUUGCACAUUUCAAUUGUUAUUUAUUCAUUUACAAUUUUAUAU